AUGGAUUCAUCGCGAGAGCAAUCUCCCGUCGAUGCCGGGGAAGAAAACGCUCGUAGAUAUGAAAGGCCGGAGGACCCGCCACUUGACGAGCGGCAACAGUUGACCGAACAACAGCAACAACAACAUUUGCUAGACAUCCAACAUGAGAGGCAGCAGCGGCAGCAGUUGCUAGAACAACGACAACUCGUCGAAGCAACAGUGCCACAUUUUGCGGUCGAAGAAGAAACUCAAGGUGUUGCUUCGGCUUCGGCCUCGGCUUCUGCCUCUGAUGCUGCUUACGAGGCUGAUGUCGAUGAUGUUGAUAUGCCAAUUCGGCGUCAAGCUGAACGCCAGCAUAUUUAUGAGCUUUUUCAACCCUGGGCAUUGAAGAAUUACGGCGAUCAAGCUAAGACUAAAACCAUAACAUUACGUAAGAAAACUCGCAUUUUGAAAGCGUUAGAGGGCAAGGAACAUAGUCGGCCGGAUAGUUCGAAAUUUCGGUUUUGGGUGAAAACCAAAGCUUUCACCACAAAACGUCCAACUGAGUUCAAAGAAGCUGCUGGUGGUCAUCGGCAGCUCGAACCACUCCCUCCUAACGCUGUUCUCUCCGAUAAUCCCAGCCAAGUGGACCUAUUUGUAGCUUCAACCACAAAGGACUUUGGCAAACGCACCUAUCGCAAGGUGGCCGUGGUGGAAGAAUUCUUUGACAUUAUCUAUAAUGUACAUAUGGAAUUGGGUGGACGUAGUGGCAUGCAUGCCGGACAAAAGCGCACUUAUCGCAUAAUUACCGAAACAUAUGCUUUUCUACCGCGUGAAGCUGUCACACGUUUUCUGUCUAUUUGUCCAGAAUGUAAGAAGAAUUUGCGCGCCACUUCGCCGGCCACAUCCAUCAAUCCACCGGAAGAUUGUGGCAAUGAAAGCUCAUCGGAGGUUGAAGGUCUCAAUUACUCAUCGCAUACUGAAAGCUCAGUGGAAGCAGGACCAACGAAAACGCUAACAAAAGGAGCAGCCAGUAGCAUAACCACUGCACGCCCAGUGGUGCCACUGAAGCGACGCUACUCACAGCUUGAGGAAGCGUCUGAUAAUACUAAAUUUUUUCCAGCAUCGCAAUCAAUUGCACGUGCUUUGCUUACAGCACCGUCACGACAGCCUCUGGCAGCGCCAGCCUCGCUACCCAGAUCUAGCUCAACAGAUACAGCAGCAGCACCCAUUAUUACCAUCGAUUUGGUAUCCGAAAGAACGGCACCUACUUCUAAGCCGACAACGACAGGGCUUGUCGGGCAACCGAAAAUACGCAUUAAUCCACAAUUGCAGCGUCCUUUGACUCCGCCUCCUGUGCCGAUUUCAGUUUCUGUUUCGGCAACCGUCUCGUCAACAUCGGCAUCGCCGUCACCGUUACCAUUGGUGGUGCGCGAACCGGUUACGCAUGCGCCGCCUCCUUACCUCGGCUAUCAUCCCCUUUGUUUUGAUAUGAAUUUCUUAAAGACACAUGAGAGCUUCUUUCGCUAUUAUGAAAUGAUGCGUCGUUUUUAUGCCGGCGGCUUUCCAUUGCCACUCCCACCGAUGCCCGCUGAGUUUACCAGCGCUGCUGAGUUGUUAACCCAUCAGCGUGAUUCCAACUCAGGUGUAUCGCGUGGUGCAGGUAUUAUCCAAGCUGCUGGCAAUGUAAAGCAGCCCGCUGUUCAACAAGAAUGCUCAGCAAUGCCAGAAAGGCCCUCCAUUCACACCAAACCCAUUGAUACUCAAGAACCUUUAAUAAAAAAAUUCAAAAGCUCACCAGAAAGUGCGAAAACCUUAAGACUGCGCACCAACCCAACCGAGUCGCAAGCUCAUGAGACCACAUUUGUCAGUGCUGUUGCUGCUGCGGUAGCUUCGUCCACUGCUGCUGAGUUGGAAAUGGUUACCGAGACAAUGGCGCCACAGCCACCACUAUCCCCUCCUCCCACACAGCUCAGUGCAAUUAAUCUAUCAACAACUUCUACUUUCAGGUCUACACGCUCGAAUGGUACAUCAAUGUCACACACAAAGCCGUUGCCAACUAUGCCGCACAUCGUCAUACCAACAACACCACUAACAUUGGCGUCGUCAGCGCUGUCAGAGCUUGUCACCUCCACACCCACAGCGGUCAAAAGCAAUCUGUCGUCGGCACUUAAGUCCGCCACAACCGAAGUGAAAGCUUCUUCGUCCAAAUACAAGCCGUCAGGCGGUGCUGAUAAUCGCCCAGGGUCUUCGUCAACUUCGCGUUAUACUUCGCGCUUGCCGCCAUUGGAUUUGGAGCGUUUGAAACCGAUCACUUCGACAUAUUUGCAAUUGACACGCAGCAUGGGCCUAAGCGAUGAGGAUGCCUUGCGCUUUGACAACCUGUUCUUCUUUUCUAUGUCAUGCUUGGCUUGA